AUGGCGUAUGAAAUGAAGAUGGCCGACAAGUUUGACGAUGUUGUGUUGAUUGACGAUACAAACAAGGUGAUCCACUUAAUUCAAGCAAAACACGCCGAUACCAAGGAUGAAAAGGUUAAAAAUAUCGAUCUGGAUGCCCUGUUUCCAACUGGAAAUAGUGCCAAACACUCCGGGGACUUUGAUUUGUGCAAGUAUGCCAAAUCCUACAUGACUGUGACUGGAAGAUUGGAACUAACGGCGUUCAAGAAGAUGUUUUACAUCUUCACCAAUAAGGAUCUGAAACAGACCGAUAACGAGUGGGUGAAGAUCGAAGAACGAGAAGUAAAUGAAAUCUUACGUUUUUCUGGAUCAAGUGCCAAAAACCUGGAACUUGUUCCAUACGAGAAGGCUAUCAAAGAGGUGCUCAAUUACAUCAACAAAGAUAUCAUUGCGAUUAAAGAUGCGAUCAAAGAGUUCUUCCACAGCGGAACGGAUAGCCCAAUUUUAACUCACUAUUGCACUCCAUUGAAAGACGUUAUGAUCAUAGACCGGAAAAAGUGUCGCUUUGCAAGCAACUUCAAUGCUGAACAUACAAAUCCCAAUGUUGCCAAGCUAUACACCAUGUUGCAAAGCGAUCAGGUUGAUAUGAAGAAAGAAGUAACCGUCAACAAUAAUUUCAUGGCGAAAGACUCAAGGAACAAACUUUUGCCACCAUUCGUUGGUGAGGAUGACAUUCGUGGCUUCUUUCGCGAUUUGACUCUAUCGGUGGGUCAACCGAACGAUUUGCAACCUAUCAUCGUUGGUGAACUACUGGCUUGGAUGAAGACGUGGAUUCAACCGGACAUUCUCGGUAAGCUGGGGGAAAAGGACUUCGAGCAGGUAAACGGAAAUGUAGAACUAGUUCAAUUCUUUAUUGAUCGCGGUUUGAACACUUCCUCGCGGUCAAUCAAAGGUGAAACUCCACUUCACAUUGCUACGAUGAACGGCCAUCUGAAUAUUGUUAAUCUGUUGAUAGCAAAUAAUGCGGACCCAAAUGAGAUGGACGAUAAUAAAUGGACUGCACUUCAUUAUGCAUGCAAAAACGGAAAUGUAGAAAUAGUUCAAUUCUUUAUUGAUCGCGGUGCAACUCCACUUCACAUUGCUGCAGGUUACGGCCAUCUGAAUAUUGUUAAACUAUUGAUAGCGAAUAAUGUGGACCCAAAUGAGAUGGACGAUUAUAAAUGGACUGCACUUCAUUAUGCAUGCAGAAACGGAAAUGUGCAACUCCACUUCACAUUGCUGCGUGGAACGGCCAUCUGA